AUGGUAUAUGCAGUUCCUUUGAUAAUCUUUAUGGAUGAUGUUUCGGGAAACGUUUCGAAGCAAUGGAACAAACAUCAUGCCAUUUACAUGUCGAACGCAAAUCUACCCCGCGAAAUGCUCGAGAAGGAGUUCUUUGUGAUGAAAGAUUCUCUUCAUAAGGCAGCAGAGUCUGGCAUUGUUAUGUGGGACUGUAGAGAUGAGGAGGAGGUCAUGCUUAUUCCGUCUGGACUGUUUCUUGCUGGCGACAAUCCUAUGCAAGCUGAGGAAUGCAGUCACGCAGGUCUCAAUUGCAACUAUUUUUGCAGGACGUGUGAUGUUGGGGGCACGAAAGAAUAUAAGGCAUCUGAAGAAGGUUAUAACAGUAUAUUCAAGUCAGGUAAUUUACGAACACCCGAAAAGACCACUGAAGAUAUUCAACAUCAAUUCGAAGCUGCAAUGAAAUCAGGUGCCACAACAAAAGUGCAGAGUGCUGUUUCCUCCACAGGCAUUCGUGACAGCACCUUGGCGUCCAUCCUCGAGUCUCUCGUAGAACUCGGAAAGAAACUUCGUAAACGAGGGGCGGGCUUACCAGCAACAGCCAAAAGUGAAGUCACUGCAAUGCUCGAAAAGGAGUUUGAGGAAUUGCUACAAGGUGCCACACUCAAUGAUGCAAUGAAUCUGCUGCUUGGGAUGAAUGGGAUCAACAUGCACUUGGAUACACCGACUGAAAUCCUGCAUACAAUAUUGUUGGGUGUGGUGAAGUACUUUUGGGGUCAGAGUGUUUUUCUCCUCGAGAAAGCGAAGUUUCUGCACAUCUUUCAAAGCUGCCUCGAGUCUGUCGACAAAGACGGACUGAACGCACCCUCUCUCAAUGCGGACUACAUAUGUCACUAUAAAGGCAGUUUGAUAGGCAAACAUUUUAAGAGCCUGGCCCAAGUUAUGCCCUUCCUGGUGUACGACCUCGUCCCUCAGACAGUUGUCAAUGGUUGCUUACAUAAUCAAGCAAUCUUUUCACCAGUUACCAGUAUGAGUCAGAGUCCUCAGUAG